CCAUUUCGCCACUCCCUCACUCUGGUGUCUGGUCUCGCUAGCGUUCACUAGGUUUGAGCUCAAUUCUUGUUAGAGAUCGUUUUUCCUUCCGAGUUUCUGAAAUCAAGAGAAGAAGAAUGUUUCGCUGGGUAGCUGCUGCUGUCUUGGUGCUGGGACUUGUGGGGUUCCAGAUCGCCGACGCCAUGAACGAGGAUGAAAUGGAGUUGCUUGAACGUAUGCUGGAGAGAGCUGAAGAAAAGAAGGUGGCAGGCGGCCAACCUCUCUCCAUCGUGGGUAAGGUGACAUGGCAGAGUUCUUCUCAUGGUAGUUUUCUAUACCCAUCGUCAAAGGCCGUAGAUGGAAGCUCCUCGACCGUCCUGUAUCCCGAUGCCAAAUGUUCUCACACUGUUUCCAAUUCGGAAAAUCCGUGGUGGAUGGUCGAUCUCGGAGGGGAACACUGCAUCAGCAAAGUCAACAUUCUGAACCGUGGAGACUGCUGCAGCGAACGUUUGCAAGGAGCUAAUGUCCGCGCUGGUAACAGCCCCACUGCUACCGACAACCCGACCUGUGGCUCAGCUGUCACCGCUGCCCAAGCCAAACCACUCGGUGGUACCAUCCAGAUGGAUUGCCCUACUCCGUUGAGGGCGCGCUACAUCAGCGUUGAUAUCCCCCGUACGGGCACCUUGCAACUUUGUGAGGUCACUGUGGAGGAACUCCCCCUGGACCAAUGCAAAGUAACGGAGGCGUUCAGUAUCGUUGACCAUCCAGCCUCGCAAAGCUCUGAACAAGGCUCAGGACGAUAUCCAGCGGGCAAAGCUGUUGACGGUAGCUCAUCGACCAUCAUGUACCCCGAUUCUAAAUGCUCACACACAAGUCAGGAGGAGAAUCCCUGGUGGAGAGUCGAUCUCGGUGGUGAGGAAUGCGUUACCAAGGUAACCAUCCUGAACCGUGGAGACUGCUGCAGUGAACGUCUGCAGAACGCCAUUGUUCGUGCUGGGUCAAACGAGACCCCUAUUGGGAACCAGGCAUGCGGGGCACCAAUCACCGCCGAACAAGCCCAACCAUUGGGCGGUACAAUCGCGGUUGAGUGCGGUCGACCGCUGAGGGCGCGCUACGUGAGCGUCGAUAUUCCGGGCACUGCAGUUCUUCAACUCUGUGAGGUCUACGUUGAAGUGCAUUCUUCCGGACAGUGCUAAGAAUAUUCACCGUCACCUCGUCACCCGAUUUCGAAUUAGACCCGUUUAAAAAUCAUGACCCGACUACGAAUUAUUUUACGAUAACGAAUUGAGCCUGUUUAUUAUUAUGUUUUUUAAUUGGUGGAUGGGUUCUUCCUUGCUAAAUUCUAAAUAAAAGUAAACCUAACAAGUGACUUUGUUGUUUGCCUGAAUGACGCGUGAAGGUGAUGUCAUACAGAGCCAAGUUCUUUACUUUGUCAACGAUAUGGUUCGACAUGUCUGUAACUUCCCACAAGAAAAUUCACAUCGGACUACUCCUAAAACGUUUACCAAUUAUCAGUCCUAGGUUUGACGACUGUCUCAGUACAUGUACAUUGAAUAAACUUUGGUUAAUUGAUUGGACUAUUCUGAAAUUUAUUUGGAAUAUGAAAAUAACUCAAGAAAUGAUCAGUCAGAUUGUUUCUCUACCCUGACUUUGGUGAUUCGAUUUCCACAAAUUCAGUUUGUGAUUGGUUUAUUUUUGUUUAGCUAACGAUACGAGUUGAAGACUACAUCGCUUAAAGUUGGUGGUGGUUAAGGUCUUAUUUUACAGCGUUUUAUUGCAACUUUUAUUUGUGAUUGGUUUAUUUUUGUUUAGCUAACGUUACGAGUUGAAGACUACAUCGCUUAAAGUUGGUGGUGGUUAAGGUUUUAUUUUACAUCGUUUUAUUGCAACUUUUUUUCAAAACUUUUUAACGCAGUUUUCAUUGCUUUAUUACUGCUCUUUUAUUCUUUUUAAUAAUUUGGUGCAUUCUUUUGAGUAAUAAAAAAAAUGUUUACUAGCAUGACA